GAGAAAUAGGUCCAGUAAAACCACCACAAGGGUCUUUCCUGUCCUAAUUCUUCCAUGGUGGAGCGUGUGCUUGCAUGUUCAGGGGGGUAAACUCAGUUCUCCUCCACAGAUCCGUCCUCUGCACUGCAGUCAGCGCCACUUACACAUUUGGCGUAGGAAGGUCACGUUACGAAGCGGGUCGGCUCUAGCUUCUGCUGGAAAGAGGAGGACUGCGCAAAAACCACGGCCCGGAUUUGAGCCUGCCUGACGUCAUGUGGAGCCACAGACCUCUCCUGACAGGAACCAGCAGCGAAAAGCACCGGCGGUUUAUGAGCCACAUCUAAAGGGGGGGCCGAGAGAUGUCGACGAGCAGGUCUCUGUUUUGUGUCCGAGUGCAGUGAGGGAAACGAGGGACGGUGCGGAUCCCAGCUUUGCGCAUCAUAUGAGCGCGCUCAGCCGAUAUUAAAGGGACUACAGCGGCUGCUUUCUGCCUCAGAACGAGCUGCAACGUUCACCCGGGACUCGCAGGGAUAAGCAGCCAGAGAACAACCACUAAUCCCCGGGACGACGGGCACACUCACGGCUGGGGUUCGGACCCGACAGAACAUGGUCUGGGCAGCACGAACUGGAUUAAAUGACCGUGCGUAAAGCGAACAAAGCGAUCCCUUCUCACUGUUAUGCCAGUCAACCCGUGUAGUCUCUAUUUGACUGGAAAUGGGAGCUUUAACGAGCAGACAAAACAUAGGCGUGGAAGAAGUGGACAUUCCGUCCAAUUCGGUGUACCGCUAUCCACCGAAAUCCGGGAGUUACUUCGCCAGCCAUUUCAUCAUGGGGGGAGAGAAGUUUGACUCCACUCAUCCCGAGGGUUACCUGUUUGGGGAAAACACAGACCUUAACUUCCUGGGGACCAGACCUGUGGCGUUCCCGUACGCAGCCCCUCCACCUCAGGAACCAGUAAAGACGUUACGAAGCCUUAUAAACAUCCGCAAGGACACACUGCGGCUUGUACGGUGCAGCGAAGACCUGAAGCUGCCGGGUGACGAUGCGGCUGGCAAGAACAGAGCCUGUUAUAACAUAGAGUUCACCUUCGACGCUGACACGCAGGUGGCCAUAACCAUCUACUACCAGGCCAUAGAAGAGUUCCACAACGGAGUGCCAGUUUACCUGCCUCAGGACAGCUCUCUGCAGUCUGAGACGGUGCACUUCAAGAGAGGAGUGUGCCAGCAGUUCUGUCUGCCCUCACACACCGUUAACCUCAGCGAGUGGGCUGAUGAGGAGCUGCUGUUUGAUAUGGACAAAGAGAUUUUCCCCAUGGUGGUGCAGGCGGUUGUAGAUGAAGGGGAUGAACAUUUGGGUCACUCUCACAUCCUGCUGGCAACAUUUGAAAAGCACAUGGAUGGGAGCUACUGCGUGAAGCCUCUGAAGCAGAAACAAGUGGUGGAUGGAGUGAGUUAUCUCCUGCAAGAGAUCUAUGGGAUAGAGAACAAAUACAACAGCCAAGAAUCAAAGGUUGCCGACGAUGAGAUCAGUGACAACAGUGCCGAGUGUGUGGUGUGUUUAUCAGAUGUACGAGACACGCUCAUCCUGCCGUGCAGACACCUGUGUCUCUGCAACGCCUGCGCAGACACGCUGCGUUACCAGGCGAACUGCUGCCCUAUCUGCAGACUGCCGUUUCGAGCUCUGCUGCAGAUCCGAGCCAUGAGGAAGAAGCUCAGCCCUCUGACGCCAACCAGCUUUAACCCCGUCAUCACGUCACAGACCUCUGACUCAGAGGAGCACUCAGCGUCAGAGCACAUCCCUCCAGGCUACGAGGCCGUGUCUCUUCUGGAGGCGCUGAACGGACCCCUCAGCACCUCCUCCGUGGUUCCUCCUCCUCUCCACUCUGGCCCCAGCCACGUCACCGGAGCUCUGCCCCCGUACAGCAGUGAGCCUCACCCGGCACCCGCCAGAUCCCUCUCUCCUCUCGACCACUCCAACUCCAGUCAGGGACUCAAACUCAAGAAGAGUGGUUCAAAGUCGCUUUCCCAGAAUUCCUCUGUGCUUCCUGAGGAGGAGGAUGAGAAGUCUUGCAGUGAAUCAGAGGCCUGCCGACACAAACUGGCCGUGGACCAGCAGGAGAACGGAGUGACUCCAGACAGCGAGAACCUGACUCUCUCCUCGUCCGGAGCCAUCGACCAUUCCUCCUGCACUGGGACCCCGCUCUCUUCCACCAUCACCUCCCCUGAAGACCCCGUGAGCAGCAGCCUGGUCCAGUCAGUGAUGUCGAUGGCCUCGUCCCACUCGCAGCACUCCCACAUCAGCAUUGACACCAUGUCCUCCAUGUCAGGGUCCUACCUGGCCGGGGCGGAGGGCGAACCCGGGGUGGACGAUGGGGGAGACGUGGAAGCCGAGGAGAACCAGGACGCCCCCAUGGAGAGCCGAGGACCGUCGCAGCAGGACGGGGAGUUUUCCCGGGAGCCGAAGGAACAAAACUACUCCCUAGCCGUAGAGGAGCAGGACUCAGAGGGAAAUGAUGUCACCGAGGAGGACUGCUCCUCUCCAUCAAAUGGGAAAGGUGGGCGGAGCAGGUGUCCAGAGUUGGCCAAUAACAAUCAGGGCGUCGCCCUCUGUGACACGCCCUCUUUGGGGUUGGAUAAUGAGCAGGCUUCCGACAGCCGAUUCGCCGGUCUGAUGUACCUCGGGGGCUACAGGCCUGUUUUGGAGCCCCGCCCCCACCACACCUCCACCAGCAACAUCAACCUGGAGGAGCAGGGGACGGAGAACCUGGACGGCCAGAGUCCUAAACAUCCCCGCCGCGGACCACUCAUUGUGUAACACACUAAAACAAGCCUUCACAAACACACACACACAUGCAAACACACACACACACACACACACACACACACACACACACACACACACAGGCGUAUACGUCCAGAGUCAGCGCUUCUUACCCUGCCAUAGUGCUGCAUUGCUGGAUACUCUCCUCACUGAACAGGGAAACACCUCCCCUCAACCCAAACCGUAAACCCGCCCCCUCCUCCAUCAGUGUGAACAUUUCCUGGACUGAUUGUCGUCACUGGCGCUAAAACUCCUCUCGUUUGGAAAGAGGAAAGAGGAUCAGAAAGACUUCCCCCAUCUGUCGUCCGUGCACUUUUAACUCACAGGAGUUUGAUUUUGUCUGUGACUUCACUUGUUGCUGCGUUAUUAUUUAUUACCUGUAGGUCUGAUAAACGAGAGCUUUGUAUUAUGACACUAUCUCCAGAAAAAAAACAUUCUGCUCCUCUCCUCCCCGUUCCUCUUCUCUAUUACCAGCCAAAACAGUCAGGGGCUACUGUGAUCGGCAAUCGGAUUUAUUACCAAUGUGUUUCUUCUUCUCUGUUGUAAACUGUUGAACGAGAGGUCGGAAGAAAAAAAAAACGCGGUGACUCCUCCCCUCGGAUCAGGGAGCUCCCGUCUCGACUUCGCAUGCAGCUUUUUUGGACUCUUGUGCUGAUGUUUCUCCUCUCAUGCCCGCCACGAUCUCCACACACCUCUGCUGAAUGUGAACACUGGAGAGGUCAGACCUUGUAAGGUGGCGGAUGAGCCAAGAAAUGGCGGCCAAAAACAUGAACAGAAAUGGACUGAAAACUAAAACAUUACAGAAUGUAGGACAAUGAAGAAGGGGAAUGUACGUGACAUCUAAAUCGUCACCCUAACUGGAUUAAAACAUGAACUUUUAACCUUAAACUGGUUCUCUAAUCUCACACACAGACACACACGCUCAUCCCACCUUCCUCUCCUUCUGCAGCUCCAUCUUAGCAUGUCAGUAUUAUCGUAGUGCAACUGGAAAACAACAACUAUCGCCAAGCAAUAAAGAUGACAAAGCUGCAUCUCCCCUUUUCUCCUGCAGGAGGACGCUCACUCUCAGUUCAAACAAAAACUGCGUUUGCACUGACCUGUUAAAGUCAAAUCCAGACAUUUCAGUGUGUGUCAUUGUUUUUUAUUCUAUUUUGCCAUUGUAAAGGGAUUCAUUGUGAGACAAACAUCACACAGUGAAAUGUGAGUUAAAGCCAACACUGCAGUAAGCUGGCAUUUUUUUCAUCCGUCGUAUUCCCUUGAUAUUACCAUCCCGACGAGCCGUCUUCUCCUCCUUUGUGAAGCUUUCAGUUGUUUUGGUUUUGUAUGACUUUAAUGUAUUGCUCACCUCUCAUUGAUGCUCUCAGUUUUUGUGUUUUAUUUGUUGCAAAACACUGUGUCGUUUAUUAGAAUGUGGAUGAAAAUAUGUGAAAAAUUUGUAAAAGUUUACCCACUUUUUUUGCGCACACGCGCGCUCACAUAACAAAUAACUCAAAGGGACGAUAACAACGUUUAAUGCACUAUUUUGCUGUUUCCUAGACGACACUUUGCGGUGCAUGAGGCGAUAAGUAGAGUAAGCAUGUUAGUCUAGGUCAGCCUACACCCUCCUGUAGAGUACUUGAUGAUGGAUCACUGCACACACAUAAAAACACACCAUAUCCCUCUGCAGUGUUAUAUAUCAGUUGCUGGCUCAAUAUUGCCUUGGCCUGAACUGUUGAGGUCAAGAGUUCUGCACUACUAUAUCCAAGCUGCAAACAGUCAUGUGAUCACAGUCCGAAUGUGUAGACAAAGCCAACAGUCUCAGUAUGAUAUCAAAGGAAUGGGUCCGAUCCCACUUUUCUAGAAUUAAGAGUGAAAAUGUCACAGAAAACAUCGAACGGACAAUAAAGUUUUUGCAUCGAAACAGUG